GCAAUCCCGUUGGCAUACGUUGAAAUGUGGGCGGGAGUAGGAGAGUCGAUACAAACAAAACUUUGUUAGCUGCUGGGUAACUUAACACUACUGCCUUUUCAGAAAUGUCACCCUAUUAAAAACCGAGGAAAUGCUUGACGGGAUUGAGUGCCAUGGUGAGGAGGACGAGGAUGGAGUAUUGUGUGGAUGGCCCACUUCAGUGCUGCUGAACAGCAAAAAUGAAAUUGGGGCACGGCUGCAGCAGUUUGUGGAGGAGAGGAUGCAGACAACCAUGCUUACAGGUGUCCUUAUCGGAGCUGCAGUUGCUAUCUCACUGAUUGGCAUCGUUGUCCUCUUCCUUUACAGAAGAUUUAAACAUGCCAACAAACAGCAGCCAGGUGUGCCCCAGUAUCGCUUCAGAAAAAGAGAUAAAGUUCUCUUCUAUGGAAGGAAGAUAAUGAGAAAGGUCAAAACUCUGUCCUUAAUGCCUCCCCAAAACUCUGCCUCGGUAUCCAAGCCAACACAGCGCGUUCGCAAAAGAACCAAAGUUUUGAGCAUAGCUCGCAAAAUCCUAAGGAUCCGUAAAGACCCCCCCACCCUACAGCCCAAGGAGCCCCCUCCCUCACUGCUGGAGGCUGACUUAACAGAGUUUGAUGUGCAGAGCUCAAACCUGCCGUCGGAAGUCCUUUACAUGCUGAAAAAUGUUAGGGUCCUGGGCCAUUUUGACAAACCUCUGUUUCUGGAGCUGUGUCGCCACAUGGUAUCUAUUGAGCUACAAGAAGGUGAAUGUCUUUUCAGGCCUGGAGAUGAUGAUGACAGCAUCUACGUGGUCCAGGACGGACGAGUUGAACUCUCUAUCCAAGAAAAUGAUGGUACAGAACCAGUUGUAAAGGAUGUUCUUCCUGGAGACAGUGUCCACAGUCUGCUUAGUAUCUUGGACAUCAUUACUGGUUAUCCAGCUCCAUAUAAGACCGUUUCUGCACGGGCUGCAACCCGCUCCACCAUAUUACGGUUGCCUGCAUCUGCGUUUGAGUCUGUGUUUAAAAAAUACCCAGAGACACUUGUGAGGGUUAUUCAGAUCAUCAUGGUGCGUCUGCAAAGAGUCACCUUCUUGGCAUUGCAUAACUAUCUGGGCCUCACCACAGAGCUCUUUAAUCCGGACAGCCAGGCAGUGCCCUUAACUAAUAUAAGCAAUGUUUUGGGAGAGGCAAAUUCAGUGAAGACAACUCGCCGUCUUCACUUUCAGGACGAAUUACCAGCCGGGACAGCUGAGAGCUCUGCAGAGACAGACCCUGCCAAAGACAGCCCUUCAAGCAGCUACAGGAAGAUGCGCUCCAUCUCCAUGCCUACAGAAAGCACAGGUAAUGACCUGAACAUGGCCUGCGAACGGGCUCGAGUCGCCAUAGACGACAUGCCGCCCAGCCCUGUCACGCAGAAGUCUAAUUUGAAAAAGACUGUGACCAUGCAGCACACCCCCUCAGAGGUGUUUCACUACACGGACAGCGGGGGGCACUCUGAUGCUGUUCACCUCAGUAAAAGCAGCACAAUACUCCAGGCUGCAAAGAGGGACCUGCUGGGAAUCAUUCAGCUUCAGGAUCCCACUCUCCUGGAGGGCAGAGUGACUCUGCAUCAAGUCAAAGCUGGUUCUGUAGUGGCCCGACAGGGAGACCAGGAGGUGAACAUUCAGUUUGUAAUAUCUGGCCUACUCCACGUGUACCAAAAGAUGAUUGACCGUGAAGAGGAGACACGUCUUUUUGUGACUUACCCUGGAGAACUGGUGGGUCAGUUGGCUGUUCUGACUGGAGAACCUCUCAUAUUCACCGUCAGAGCUCAGAGAGACUGCAGCUUCCUCUCUAUUUCCAAAACCCACUUCUAUGAAAUCAUGCGUGUGGAACCAAAAGUGGUGCUGAAUGUUGCUCACACUGUGGUGAGGAGAAUGUCAUCUUUUGUCAGACAAAUUGACUUUGCUCUGGACUGGAUGGCUGUAGAAGCUGGCAGGGCUGUCUACAGGCAAGGAGAGAAAUCCGACAGCACUUUCAUCGUACUGAGUGGUCGACUUCGUUCCGUCAUCUUGAAAGAAGACGGCAAAAAGGAGCUGAUUGGCGAGUAUGGACGUGGCGACCUGAUUGGUGUGGUUGAAGCCCUGACCCGUCAGAAUCGGGCCACUACAGUUCAUGCCGUACGAGACUCCGAGUUGGCUAAGCUUCCAGAGGGAGCUCUCAGCUCCAUUAAGAGAAAAUUUCCACAGGUUGUAACCAGGUUGAUCCACCUUUUAGGACAGAAGAUCCUUCAACAGGUCAAUGGUCCCCUGACAGCUCGCAGCCUGGCCCUCCACACCCCAGGCAGUAAAUGGGAUGCCGGGAACCAGGCAUCAAACCUUUCAACUGUGACUGUCUUACCAGUAUCCGAGGAAGUACCACUCACUGCCUUCACCCUGGAGCUGCAGCAUGCUCUUCUCGCCAUAGGCCCAACUCUGCUGCUGACCAGUGACAUCAUCAAACAACGACUUGGAGCUGCAGCUCUAGACAGUGUCCACGAGUAUCGUCUGUCCAGCUGGCUGGGUCAACAGGAGGACAUUCAUCGUAUAGUCCUUUAUCAGACAGACUCCACACUCACCCCAUGGACCCAGCGCUGCAUACGUCAGGCCGACUGCAUCAUCAUUGUGGGACUGGGGGAACAGGACCCUGUUGUGGGGGAGCUGGAGCGUAUGUUGGAAAGCAGUGCAGUGCGAGCCCAGAAGCAGCUGGUGUUGUUACACAAAGAAGAUGGCCCUCCACCUAAAGGAACGGUGGACUGGUUGAACAUGAGAAGUUGGAUCUCCAGACACCUCCAUCUCUCCUGUCCCCGGAGAGUGUUCUCCAAGAGGAGCCUGCCCAAACUGUUGGAGUUGUACAAACGAGUGUUUGAGAAGCCAGCUGACCGUCACUCUGAUUUCUCACGUCUGGCUCGAGUCCUCACAGGGAAUGCCAUUGCUAUUAUUCUGGGAGGAGGAGGGGCCAGGGGUUGUUCCCAGGUGGGGAUUAUGCGAGCUCUCUGCGAGGCUGGCAUCCCAGUGGAUCUUGUUGGCGGCACUUCAAUUGGUUCACUGAUGGGGGCGCUAUAUGCCGAAGAUCGCAGCCACAGUCGAAUGAGGAUCAGAGCAAGAGAAUGGGCCAUGGAAAUGACAUCAGUGUUUAAAAAAGUUCUGGAUUUGACCUAUCCGGUCACAUCCAUGUUCUCAGGGGCUGCCUUCAACUCUAGCAUCAGCAAUGUCUUCAAGGGUAAACAGAUUGAGGAUCUUUGGAUCCCAUAUUUCAACAUCACGACUGACAUCAGUGCCUCCACCAUGAGAGUGCACACUGAUGGCUCUCUUUGGCGAUACGUACGUGCCAGCAUGUCUCUCUCGGGGUACCUGCCUCCUCUCUGUGACCCCAAAGACGGACACCUACUGAUGGAUGGGGGUUACAUCAACAACUUACCUGCUGAUGUAGCUCGCUCCAUGGGGGCCAAGGUGGUGAUAGCUAUUGACGUGGGCAGCCGAGAUGAAACCAACCUCACUAAUUAUGGCGACUCGCUCUCAGGCUGGUGGCUGCUAUGGAAACGUCUCAAUCCUCUCGCUGAGAAAGUUAAGGUGCUGAACAUGGCGGAGAUCCAGACACGGCUGGCCUAUGUGUGCUGUGUGAGGCAGUUGGAGUCUGUGAAGAACAGCGAAUACUGCGAGUACAUCAGACCUCCGAUCGACAGAUACCGUACCUUGGAGUUUGGAAAGUUUGACGAGAUAGCGGAGGUGGGUUACCAACACGGCAAGACGGUGUUUGAUGUUUGGGGGCGCAGUGGGGUGGUGGAGAAAAUGUUGAAAGACAGGCACCAGGAGGAGUUCUACAACACUCAGUGCAAGAAUAAUGUGGUGACCUGUCCCAACGCCUCCUUCACUGACCUGGCAGAAAUCGUGUCCCGCAUUGAGCCUGUUAAAUCUGCAGUGGUGGACGAUGAAUCUGACUACCAAACCGACUAUGACGAGGAGGCAGUAGAGAGUGCCUUGUCUGACAUGGAAAUGUACAGUCGAUCAGGAGAACACACGGAAGGAGAGGAGACCGCCGACACGGACGAAGAGCUGGACGCGAGGCACCAACACCGCCCACUCAGACCCUCUGUCACUCCAUCCAAGUAAGCCUCCAUGACACAUUAAUGGACGUGCCGUUAAACCUAGACGUCCUUUCCAAAACAGUCCGUUAAGUGGAGACAAGUCCAAUGACAUCUGCUGGACGAGGUCACCUGCCUCUCUGCCACACAUUAGCCUUGAGAUUCCCCCGCGAGACUGAACCUGUUUCUCCUUCCCGUGAGUAACAACUGAUUACCUCUCUGCUCUUUCUAACCUGGCCUCGUUAGUCAUGAGACUGACACAAGAAAUGUACGGCUAAAGAACCCUGAAAAAAAUCUCAUAGAAUCUACCAACACCCACAGUUUACUCUGCUGCUGCUGCGUACGUAUACUGUGCCUAUGCAGCAGCAGCAGCACGUUUGUCUCAUAUUGAGAUUGUCAACAGGUCUUUGCUUACCAGAGCUUUACACACAACUUCAACGGAGAGAAACUGAGACGUGAAAAGUAUUUAUGGCUACACAACUGUGAAUCUUUCUUUAUCAAAUGUAAGAGACAGACUUCAGGACGUUUUGGUCCAAUUCGUUGGAGAAACGUAUAUUGUUUGUUGGUUUUGACUGGUUGAUGAAUCCCGGCUUUGGUUUAGAGCAUUCUGAGGUCCCUGAGGUGACUUUAAUGUAUUAUAAACAGCUUAAAAAUAUUUGAAAAAAAUAAUUAUGAUACCCUUUUGUUAUAGAUCUUAAAAAUGAAUCAAAUCUGAAAGAUUAUCUGAUCUGUAUCCUGUUCAGAGUUCAUUUUCUAAUCCAUGCAGAGUAACAGCAGCACAACAGAAAGAGAUAUGAAUGAGAAUUAUUUGUGAUUAAAAAAAAAAUUCAGUGACUCAUCAGAUUGUUUCAACCAUAAAAUGUACAAUCCUUUUCUUAACAUAAUGAGAUUGUUUUUUUUUAAACAAACAAUUAGCCAUUAGUUAUAAUCACACGGUUAAUCAUAAUCAUAUUAAAACACCCUAGAAACUAUUAAUUUUACAACAUAUUGACUAAAAACACAAAACUAGUUUUUAGUAAAAAAAUAUUAAUUAAUUAAGUGAGUAUGCAUGUGUCAGUAAUUGUUUUUGACGGAUAACAUACUGGACAACUUAACAAUCAAUACAUUAGGACGCCGCUUCUUUGGUCUCAUUUUAAGAUAUUUUGUAAUAUUUCAAUAUUAUGCCAUAUAGGAAACAAAAUCCAAAGAUGAUUAAAAUGUAUUUGUAAGUAAGUUGUACUUGGAAUUUUAUAGUGACUCAAAGCAAUUUCAUUGUGUUUCUAGUAUUUAAAGAAAAAAUAUUAUUUAAAAAAAAACAAAAAAAAAAAAACAAACCCAACCAUUAUGGAUCUGAAACAAUGAAACCAGGUAAUAAACAAAAGUUUCCAGUCUUCUCAAACAAACA